AUGGGUAAGAGAUUUAGUGAAUCCGCUGCUAAGGUUGCUCAAGGCAGAGCUAGAAAGCGUCAACAGGAAUGGGAGAAGAACCGCGCUCAGAAGGAGCAAUUAGAAGCCAUGGAGGCCAAGAAGUGGGAGGAAGGUGCUAGAGAAGGUACCAGCAAGAAGGCCUUGCUGGAAGAAAAGCGUCAGCAAAAGCUUGCUGCUAAAAAGGAGCGUGAUGCUCUGCUAAAGGCCGAAGAAGAGGCUAUUGGCAGAGGCGGUAAGCUCAGAAACUUGUAA